AUGUCCAAGGCUAAGAUAGAGAAUAGUACACAGCGUGCAAUAGGAAACCAAGCCUAUUUUGGUGAAAGAAUGUUUAGUACCGGUGUCCAGUCUGCAAACCAGAUACUGGAUGCGGGCCGGAAGCGAGCCAUAUUGCUGAGCUCGGUGGGCAGCAAGACAUACAGUCUGAUGAGGAACUUAUUGAGUCCUGAUAAACCGGGGGAUAAAUCGUUCACGGAGUUGACGAGCUUGCUUCAGUCACAUUAUAACCCGAAGCCGAGUGCAAUAGUCCAAAGGUUCAAGUUAAAUUCAAGGACUAGAAUGGCUAAUGAAACGGUAACGGAAUAUGUCGCAGUGCUGAGGGAACUGGCGCAACACUGUAAUUAUGGGGACAGACUGACAGAAAUGCUAUGAGAUAGGCUCGUAUGUGGCAUUGCAGAUGACCGCAUACAACGCAGGUUGUUGGCGGAGCCUGAGUUGUCAUUUGAAAAGGCCUUGAAGUUGGCACAGGCCAUAGAAACGGCGAAUAAAGACAUUUGUGAUUUACAACCAAGAACCAUCGAAGGGGUGGGGAGCAGGGGUGCUACCCCACUGCCAGUGCAUAAAGUGGUCGGGGAGCAUAAAACACCAGGGAAGUCUGGUCAGUAUGCCUGUUACAGGUGUGGCGGAGAACAUCUGGCAAGGAACUGUCGUUUCUUAAAUGAAAAAUGUCAUGCUUGCGGGAAAAAGGGCCAUGUGAAGAAAAUGUGCCACGCAACGCCCUCUAGGGACCAGCCGAGAAAGGGGGAGGACAAGAGCAGUAUGAUGGACAGAAAGGGAAACCGAAAAAUAAAACGGCAGUAUGCACACCACAUGCAUGAAGGUACAAAUAAAAACACUAGGGAAGAUGAGGAAGUGUUUGCUAUGUUUAACAUGGAAGAGGCCAGUGUGACGGUUCUGUCCAAGGCGGAGUAUGGAAAGUUAUGGCUAAAAGAAGCUCAGAAGCUGCGGGACUGUUCAGUGACUUUGAAAACAUAUACCGGUGAAACAGUUCCCACACUGGGGAUGGCCAAAGUAACUGUAAAACAUAAAGAUAAAGUCAAACAGUUACCAGUCAUGGUGGUAGCAGCAAAGAUACACGUUAAAGAAAAUGCAACGCCAAGAUUUUACAAACCUCGACCCGUACCAUAUGCAAUGAAGAAGAAAGUGGAGACUGAGUUGGAAUGACUCACUAAGCAAGGUAUAAUUGAACCAGUGAAGUUUUCGGAAUGGGCAGCACCCAUUGUUCCAGUAUUAAAGCCAGAUAAUACGGUACGCAUAUGUGGUGACUACAAGUUAACAGUGAACCAAGUUUCGAAGUUGGAGCAGUAUCCAUUACCCAAGGUGGAGGAUGUAUUUGAAAAGCUGUCGGGAGGUGAAAAGUUUAGUAAACUGGACCUCAGUCAGGCAUAUCAACAAGUAGUUCUGGAAGAAGGGUCAAAGGCCUAUGUCACCCUUAACACACACAAAGGACUGUUCCAAGUCAAUCGUUUACCUUUUGGGGUUUCCUCUAGUCCAGCUAUUUUCCAGAGAAUAAUGGAGGGACUGGUGGCAGGAAUUCCGAAGGUGGCUGUGUAUCUGGACGACAUCCUGUUGACGGGAAGGAACAAUGGCGAGCAUCUGGAGACUCUGAACGAGGUGCUAAGUCGACUGCGAGAGGCUGGUUUACGGGUGAAGAGGAGUAAAUGUGCUUUCAUGGUAAAGGAAGCAGAGUUCCUGGGUUACAAGGUGGAUGCCUCGGGCCUACACCCCCUGCCAGACAAGGUAAAAGCCAUCCAAGAGGCACCUGCACCCACAAAUGUUACAGAGCUGAAGGCUUAUUUAGGCUUACUCAUCUAUUAUAACAGGUUCCUACCAAAUCUGUCAACGCUGUUAGCUCCUUUACAUAAAUUGUUACGGAAGGAGACCCUGUGGAUGUGGCAGGAGGAACAAGACAAAGCGUUUGAGCAGUCCAAGGAACUGAUGCAGUCUUCAGAGGUUUUGGUGCACUGCGAUAGUCACAAGGACUUAAUUUUGUCAUGUGAUGCCUCACCGUAUGGGUUAGGGGCCGUGUUGGCACACCGGAUGCCAGAUGGACAAGAAAGACCCAUUGGGUUCAUGUCACGAACUUUAACACCAGCAGAGUCAAACUAUUCCCAGCUAGACAAAGAGGGUUUGGCUGUAAUGUUUGGAAUUAAGAGGUUCCACAAAUACCUCUAUGGCAGGAAGUUUACUGUGUGUACCGAUCAUAAGCCUUUGUUGUCACUGUUCAACGAGAUGAAGGCCGUGCCUCAGAUGGUUUCUCCCCGAAUUCAGAGAUGGGCUGUAACAUUAAGAGCUUAUGAAUAUGAGAUUGUUUAUAAGCCUGGGAAACACCAUAGCAAUGCGGACGCAUUGAGCCGUCUGCCGCUACCGGGGCCUUCCCAGCGGGAGGAAAUGGAGGACCGAGUGUUGAUGAUGGAGGACAUCACGUUGGUGUCAGCGAAAGAAUUGAGCGAAUGGACACGCAAAGACCCGGUGUUGGCUCAAGUGUUUAAAUGGGUCCAGCAAGGCUGGGCAACACAACACCUUGAUCCAGUUUUCAGGCCUUAUGAGGUGAGGAAAACAGAGCUGAGUGUGCAAGAUGGAUGCGUGUUGUGGGGGGCACGAGUGAUAAUUCCGCCCCCAGGAAGACGUGCACUUUUACAUCAGCUGCAUCAAGGUCAUGUGGGCAUCACACGAAUGAAGGCCUUAGCACGAAGUUAUUUUUGGUGGCCAAAGUUGGACCACGACAUUGAAGUCGCUGUGAGAGAGUGUAAAACCUGUCAGCAGCAUCGCAACUUACCUGUGAUGGCACCACUACACCCAUGGGAGUGGCCAAGUAGACCUUGGCAGAGACUUCAUAUAGACUAUGCAGGACCUUUUAUGGGGGCAAUGUUUUUGAUAAUAAUGGAUGCUCAUUCUAAAUGGAUGGAUGCCUACCCAGUCAAAACACCCACUUCUACCACUACCAUUGACUGCCUGAGAAAGAGUUUCAGUAGUCAAGGAUUACCUGAGACUAUUGUAUCAGAUAAUGCGUCAUGUUUCAUGAGUGAAGAGUUCAAGGGGUUCCUGGAAAAAAAUGGCAUUGUACAUGUCACAUCAGCACCAUACCAUGCUGCUUCAAAUGGAUGUGCUGAAAGGGCUGUCCAGACCUUUAAAGCGAUGAUGAAAAAGGCCGGAGACGGAAGUAUGGCAGCCAAAGUAUCAAGGGUGUUAUUCAACUACCGCAUUACACCCCAGUCUACCACGGGAUUGUCUCCUGCCGAGAUGUUGCAAGGACGGAGAUUACGAUCCACGUUGGAUCUGGUGCAUCCAAACAUCCGAGCUAAGGUAGAGAGGAUACAGUGGAGGCAAAAAGAAUAUCAUGAUCAACGACGGAGAGAGAGAAGUUUCCUGGAGGGAGAUGCAGUGAUGACGCGAAACUUCAGCUAUGGACCUAAAUGGAUUCCAGGUUUUAUUGUUAAGAGCACGGGUCCCCUGUCGUACCAGGUGAGGUUGAAUGGAGGUUUAGUAGUGAGGAGACAUGUGGACCAGAUUCUGCGGAGUGUGCAGGAGAAGGACUCCAUGGAACUGCAAGUCCCGGAAAUGCCGUUAGUUUCGGGAGAAGGGCUCGCAGCGGCAGGAGGAUCUCCGAUCUUGGGGGCCGAGGGAGACCGCUGA